AUGACACCUCUGCUGAGCAGCCUCUCACUGUGUCUCUGUGUCCUGUUCUGUGUCACGGUGGUGCAGGGACAAAUGCAGACAGCGUCUGUGGAUCAGCCUACAAAACUGUCCUUACGCUCUGUGGAGGACCAGGAGACCACCCUGCCCUGUCACCACGAGCCGAAGGGGGAUGAUGUGGUGGUGCAGGUCACUUGGUCCAAGGUGAACCCCGAUGGCUCCAAAGAUCAGAUGAUCACUGCUCACUUCACUGAUGGACAGACAACAUUCGGGUCGUGGUCUCAACGUGUACGUUUUCAAAGUGAUAAACCCACUGUGGACUCAUCCCUGAUCAUCUUGAGCACACGGGUCUCUGAUGAGGGAGAAUAUAUCUGCCGCAUCAGCACUUUCCCAACUGGAAACUUUGACACAGAGAUGUCCCUCAUUGUAUGGACCAUUCCCAUUUCCUCUGUGGACCCUGUGGUUGUAGUGGAGGGGGAGCCCUACAAACAGGUGGCUUCCUGUCGCUCUGUGGGCCACCCGCCACCAAAACUCUCCUGGGACACUGAGCUGAACGGACAAGUCGUCAACCGCUCCUCUGACAACGGAGCAGUCUCCACACACUUCUCCCUGUACCCUCUCAGGGGUCUAAAUGGCAAGAAGCUGGACUGCCUGGUGUGGCAUCCCCUUCUACCCACCCCACGCAGGAUUGAAAACCAGCUGGUGGUGCACUUCCCUCCACAUGCUGAGGUGUCUGGGUACAAAGAAGACUGGACUGUUGGGAUGGAAAAUGCAGUCCUGAGGUGCAUAAAUGGAGGAAACCCUAAACCAGUUGUUACCUGGACCAGAGCGGGCGGAGCGCUGCCUCAAGGAACACAAGUCACUGAUGAUAAACUGGUUUUUAUGCGACCCCUGAACUUCUCUGACGGGGACGCCUAUGAGUGCAUGGCAAAGAACAAAGUGGGUGAAACUAAGGCGACGGUGAAGAUUACUUUGGGAGAGUCUUCGCUGGUGGACCCCUUUGGCAACAUGAUCUAUGUGGGGGCUGGGGCCGCUGGGCUCUUUAUCUUGAUGAUGAUCGUCAUCAUCACCCUCACUUGUCACCACAAACGCAAGAAAAAGAAGCUGAAAAAUGAGCUGACUAAGAAAACGGAAGAAUGCACUCUCUACAGACAAGCCUCCAUCAGGAGAGUCAACUCUGUCCACACAGAGAAAGAUGUGACAGAAGAAAACAUCCCUCUGAGGGUGGAGGGAACCCUGAGGACCAGCCUGUCUUCCCUCGGGGAGAUGGCUCACUGCCGUGACAGCAGAUCUACCAUCUCAUGUGGUCGGGAAAGGGGAGCGUACGACUCCCUGGGCAGACCAGCUCUGAGCAGCACCAACCGGAGGGGCAGGAUUCUGGAUCGAGACGAGGAGACCCGGCUCCGAGUGGAGACGUAUGUGAAAAACAGCAACAUGUCUUUGGAGAGCCGUUACCACCCUCCACUCACGCCAUCCACAUUUCCUGCCGUACACCAGACUGAAGCCUUGAGGCACAUGAAUGGCAACGCCAUAAUGCCAGCAGAUGGGGGGUCACGCCCAGGAAGUGUCACCAAGAGCUACCAGGCCCCUCCUAUGAGUUGCACCUACCCACCAGUUACAGACGAUGAGGAUGAAGUGGACGAAGGGCUGGGUGGCCCUGCCAGUCAGGAGCAUCCUGAUGACCAGGACAGCGAGCACUCCAGCUUGUCUGACAUAUCCAAACUCAGGAAGAGCACCCCGAUCAUCAACCCCCAUAAGGGUUUGAUCCACAAAGCCCACAUUGUUUAA